AUGGACCACACCAGCGGGAAAGCGUCUGAUCCCGAGCGGAGGGCCUCGGUCAGGACAUCGAGGAGGAUAUCACUUCAGCAUGACGGUGGAGGCGGAGGAGUGUUACUGGACGUGGACGACGACGAUUAUGCUCUGUUGGCUCUGGGCAUCUCGGAUGGGUUCCGACCGCAGCCCAUGGACAACGCCGACCGCAACGAUCCACCAGCUUCCCGAAUCCGGCCAGACCCAUCAACCGUUUCCACAGUCACACAAUCAGCCGAAGAAUCAACAUUACCACCACGGCUGAAUCGUUCCAGCAUAUCAAAACCCCCUCCGGGUCGCGAUUCUUUCACCCUUCGGCAUGAUGGCGGCAUGGGCCAUGUCGCCGGUCCAUCCCUCUCGCGCGUCUCCAGUGCCUCGACCGAAUCGCCCUACCUCCCCGAGGAGACCCCAUACCAGGGCCCUUCGGCACCUUCGUUCCCUUAUCAAAUGUACUCCCAGAACCCCCGAUUAGCCAGGACAUUAAGUGUCACAACCACCUCAUCGACUCCCACAACACGGCCUGAAUCAGAGUACAACGGCCCGAGCGGCCCCACGCAUCCUUAUUCCAUGUACCCCCAGAACCCUUUCGCCGACACAAGCAGUCAGGUCUCUGUGCCCGCCGUGCCUGCCAUUCCUGUCGGAUUCGCCUCCAGCUCGGAUCCUUAUCAACGCCGCAUCGGGCCGGAGGGUGAGGAAGCCGCCGACAUUAUUGGUCCGGACGGACAUACCGAGGAGCUUCCACCAUACACGAGAUACCCAGAUGAAUACUACAAUCGGAAGAUACGAGACACCGAGGACCAUCAGAAUGGAGGUCCUUCAGUUGCAGCAGCCGCGGUGCCACUCAGCACUACAAGGGCUGUGUCGGGUGCCGGGCCAGUAGCAGGUGCCGGGGGGUUGGGCCUCGCUGCUCGAAACCCAGAGUUUGAUUCGGUCGAGGACAUUGGCACCCCUCAGUCACGGCAGUCUGCUAGGAGCUUCACCAGCGAGAGCCACCACGAGAUCAACACGGCAGCGGCAGCAGCGGUGUCAGAGAAGCCGCAACUAAACAAGUUCCAGAAAUUCGCGAAGAGGAAAGCUUGCGGCGUAGUACCGUACUGGGCCAUAUGCUUGACGACCACCGCCGUUAUAGUAGUCAUUAUCAUCGUAGGGGCUGUUGUUGGAACGUUGCUAUCCAAGCACAAAAAGCCGCCACGAAAAAGCAACUCUUCACAAUUUCAAGACGGCGUUCCGACCAUGACCAUCACCUACGAUGCGACGCCAAUCCCAACUCCCACCGACUUGCCUGCGCUUCCGACAGGCGUCUAUGGCUUGCCUCUUAACCUCAACAGGUCACCGAACACUUGUUUUGAAAACACCGCCCAGAGUUCAGCAUGGACUUGCAAUCUAAUAUUCGGGCAAGCAGUCCACGUUCAGAUGACCAUUAGCAGGAAUGCCCCUCAGCUUGGUGACCAGGGCAACUACGACAUUUACCUUGAGACCAACAAUUCUUUCCCUGGCCCUGGCGGUAACCGCGACGAUAACUUGUUGGCUUAUGGUGCUCAGCCCCCCGUCAUUCAGCCCCCCAUGGGUAUGCAGCUCGUCAACGACACCUUUGAUCAGGAACGUGGCCCAGCAUGGUUCAGGAUGCUUCCCUACAACAAGACUGUCGUUGUCCCCGAGGAUCUGCUUUCUGCCGACACCUCCUCAACAAAAGCUCGGCGGAAUGGGGGGAAUUUCAUGCCAGGCCCCGGCGACUUCCAGCGCAAGGAUGUAGCACCAACGGGCAGCAAGCCCUGGAUCUGCAAUUGGCCCGACACGUUUGUGGAAGUGUUUAUAUACGCGGAACAGAACAGCAGCUUCGCUUCUCAGACAAAGGCAUCAACUGGUACAAUCACCCCACCGCCGUUCGCGACUCCUACCGGUUUCCCGACACCAACGGGUUCCGGCGCUGCAUCAGCAGUCACAAGCCAAGUGGCUGACUUCAUGCCACUCGCUCCUUACCCGAGGGCUGUGAAGGUGAAGGAACGGCGCACUGACUCGGCACCUGCGCCGUACUGCGUUCAAGUGACGGUGAUGCCAGAUAACACCACACAACCUGUGACGAACUCUGCCGGCGAGCCUGUGAUUGUCUACAUAAAGGAGGACGAACCGGGGCCAGUCAUGUCUGAAGCAGAGCGGAAAGGGAGGCAUCGUGAUGACAAUUCCAAGAACAAGCGGGAGCGGGAUGCCCUUCGAGAAUAUCUAUACCCUCGAGGCAGCGACGGCGAUGGCGACAUGAGUAAUUGCGGCUGCAUGUGGUUUUCAUCAUGA